UACGCCUGUCAGCAUGUAUUAUCGGUGUCUUGUUGGAAUUAACAGACGCGCGCAAGCUCUUAUGUGUUACUAACUCUACUGUCACCAACGCAGUGGACACGACAUGUUGACUGCACGGAAGGCAUGUGCAUCUUUGACGGCCAGACGACUACUUGGUGCAACUGUAUCCACGACCCUUGACCCCCGGUGCCACCCCAGACACUUCCGUACUGCCACCCAACACCAGGAUGAGGUGAAGAUCCACGAGGACUGGGCCAACCUGGCCAGGAAACAGCUGAAAGGGAAAAAUCCAGAGGAUCUGAUCUGGAGGACCCCAGAGGGCAUCUCAGUCAAACCAGUGUACACUCAUACAGAUACUGCAGCGGUCAAAGAUGAACUGCCUGGAGUGUACCCCUUCACCCGUGGGCCGUACCCCACUAUGUACACCUAUAGACCCUGGACCAUCAGACAGUAUGCAGGAUUUAGCACUGUAGAGGAAAGCAAUAAGUUUUACAGGGAUAAUAUUAAAGCUGGCCAGCAAGGCCUUUCUGUGGCCUUUGACCUUCCGACACACAGAGGUUACGACUCUGACAAUCCCAGAGUGCAUGGAGAUGUAGGAAUGGCAGGUGUGGCUAUCGACACUGUGGAAGAUACCAAACUGCUGUUUGAUGGCAUUCCACUGGAGAAGAUGUCUGUAUCCAUGACGAUGAAUGGAGCCGUUAUUCCCAUUCUAGCCAUGUUCAUCGUGACCGGAGAGGAGCAGGGCGUACCGAAAGACAAACUGACCGGAACCAUUCAGAACGACAUCCUUAAAGAGUUCAUGGUGCGAAACACCUACAUCUUCCCUCCAGAGCCGUCAAUGCAUAUCAUCGCUGAUAUCUUUGCCUACACCUCAAAGAAUAUGCCCAAGUUUAAUUCGAUUUCCAUCAGUGGGUACCACUUACAAGAAGCUGGUGCUGACGCCAUCCUGGAGUUGGCCUACACUAUUGCCAAUGGACUGGAGUACUGCAGGACAGGUCUAAAGGCUGGACUGACCAUCGAUGAGUUUGCUCCCAGAUUGUCUUUCUUCUGGGGCAUCGGCAUGAACUUUUACAUGGAAAUAGCCAAGCUGAGGGCAGCGCGUAGACUGUGGGCUACUCUUAUCAAAGAGAAGUUCCGACCCAAGAACUCCAAAUCCCUGCUGCUGAGAACUCAUUGUCAGACUUCUGGAUGGUCUCUGACUGAGCAGGACCCUUACAACAAUGUCAUCCGUACCGUUAUUGAGGCAAUGGCUGCAGUAUUCGGGGGCACACAGUCUCUGCACACUAACUCUUUUGAUGAAGCUCUGGGUCUGCCCACCGUAAAAAGCGCACGCAUUGCCCGCAAUACACAGAUCAUCAUCCAGGAGGAGUCAGGCAUCCCGAAGGUGGCAGACCCCUGGGGCGGAUCUUACAUGAUGGAAGCCCUCACCAACGACGUGUACAACUCAGCACUCAAGUUCAUCACUGAGGUCGAGGAUAUGGGAGGUAUGGCUCGCGCCGUGGCCGAGGGAAUUCCCAAACUGCGCAUCGAGGAAUGUGCCGCCCGCAGACAAGCGCGCAUUGAUUCAGGCUCAGAGGUCAUUGUGGGGGUCAACAAGUACCGCCUGGAGAAGGAAGAGUCAGUGGAUGUGCUGUCCAUUGACAACACAGCUGUGCGUAACAAGCAGAUUGAGAAGCUGAGGAAGGUCAGAGAGAGCAGGGAUGCAGAGGAGGUGAAGAGAUGCCUGGCCGCAAUCGAACAAUGUUCACGUACCAGAGACGGAAACCUGCUGGAGCUCUCUGUUGAGGCUGCAAGGGCACGGUGUUCGGUGGGGGAGAUCACAGGUGCUAUGAAAGAUGUCUUUGGAGAGCACAAGGCCAGCACGCGCAUGGUGAGUGGGGCGUACCGCAGCGAGUUUGGCGAGCAUGAGGAGAUUGUGCUGGCACACAACAGGGUCGUACAGUUUAAAAAGCAUGAAGGAAGGAAUCCACGUUUGCUCGUGGCCAAAAUGGGGCAGGACGGUCAUGAUAGAGGGGCGAAGGUCAUCGCCACUGGAUUCGCAGACCUCGGCUUUGAUGUAGAUGUCGGCCCACUUUUCCAGACCCCGAUAGAGGUUGCCCAGCAAGCUGUGGAUGCAGACGUGCACAGUGUAGGGGUCAGCACGCUCGCAGCAGGACACAAGACCCUGGUACCCGAGCUCAUCAAAGAGCUGCGGAACCUCAACCGGCCUGAUAUCCUGGUCAUCUGCGGAGGGGUCAUACCACCACAGGACUAUGACUUACUCUUUGAGAGCGGUGUCAGCUGUAUCUUCGGCCCAGGAACCAGAAUUCCUCAAGCAGCUGUGGAAGUUAUCGACAAAAUCGAAAAAAGCCUGGAGAAGAACCGACAGGCCAUGUAACCACAGAACAAUCUGACUUUAUUUGCCAGUGUGUGUUAUGCACUAACUAAAAUCUUAAAAUGAUCACUUCUUAGCCUUUAGGCUAAGAUCAAGUGCAGCACAGUGAUUCAAUGUGUUAUUGGCUGAGAAUAAUUAAUUAGAAAGCCUUUUGGUAGUCCAACAGUGAUUGUAGCAUGAUGUCAUCAAAGUUAAAUAAAUGACUCACACAGUUGUUAUUUUUCUGAUUGAAAAAGUGCAAAAGCAGUCAUUGGUUUUGUCUAGACCUUGUAUACUUUGAAAUUAUGCAUUUAAAUGUCACAAAUCAAACACAAGCCCAUUUUUACACCAACCUAUAAUAUUUUACAUUUGUGUUAUUGGUUUUUUACAGUUCUUAAAACAAGAUGUUAAUAUCAAGUACCUUAUUUUUGAGAACCAAUUUGGACUGUUAUUUAGUCUAUUUUUGUGCCAUUAUUGAAAGCAGUUCCAAAUGAAGUCGAGACGGUCUGGAAAGCUGCAAACACAGACAAGAAAAGUUAUACAAACAGUGAAGUGUCUCAGUGCUGUUAUAUUAAAAUAUAUCAGAUUAGAAAACCAGAACUGUUUAAUAAGAUAAUUUAUAAAUGCACUUAUUGUGAUCUUUCUCAUCGGAGUAAGAACCUUAUAUAACCACAGUUGAUUUUUAAACAUAAUCAGUAAUACUUUCUUCAACAUUGUAAGCACAUUAAUGUAAUAACUCGGGAUAAUGCAUCUCAUGUAGAGAAGCCUCUUUCUCUCUGCUUGGAUUGGCUUGUCAUGGCUUCUGGAUAUUCUAUCCAUGAUCUCACUGUUAUCUGCGGCCAUCUGUUUCAGCUUUCUGUUUUUGGAUGUUGAAAUCAGUAUGAUUGUUUUCUGUGCUGACAAAGUGCUGCUGCUGUCUUUGGUGAUGUGGAAGUGAGCGGCCAUAUUUGCUUUUUGUGAUUUGUCAGGUUUUAUUAUGUUAAAGUUCUGUGGUGCACCAAUGAGCCAUUUUAGAUAGAUUAGCAAUCCUACACAGUAAUCUCAACAGUAUGAGUAAGAAUUUGCACCCUAUGGAUGCAGUUUGUUAGCUUUUCCUUCCUUGGAAGUAUUUUUCAAGAUAAAAAUAUUUCAAGGGUCCAUUUAGUACCCUAUUAGUGGAAAGUGCCGAAAUUCCCGAGUUAUUACAUUAAUGUGCUUACAAUGUUGAACAAAGUAUUACUGAUUAUGUUUAAAAAUCACCAAAUUCAACAUACAUAACCUAAACAAACAAUACAGAUAGUGUGAACUCAAUGAACUUGAUGGACACUAUUCCGAGCUCUCUCUUCAUAUUACCCCUGAGCUAAUGACCUCCUGCCAGUGCAUUUAUCCCCCAUGUAGCGUUUGUCUGCUUCAUCUGUGUCCUCCCAAGAAAACAAGCCUCUAACUUCAUUUUCCAAAUAAACAUGGAGAGGACAUGACAGGAAAUGUGAUACACUCUGACGUUUCAUCUGCAUGCAUGGUCGCGUGUGAGCUUUGUUGAAGCUGUCGAGAAAAUUUGAGAAGUCACCCCUGCUGUGGGCCUGUUUAUGUUGUUGACAGGUUUAUGCAACGAUUUAUCGAAUUGUCACUUUGCAAGGGAAUAUACAGUAUAUUUCCCUCCAAAGUGAGCAAGUAAUAAUGCUGUAUUUUAAUGGUAUUCCAAGGUACUUCAAAGAAUACCAUAGCUCUACCACGGUACAUGUACUUUCAAGAUAUGGUAACAUGUUACUUUUUCAUGCACUGUUUUCAUAUGCUUUUGUUUGUGCAGCAGGUAAAGAAAUUUCCAGAGUCAUUAAAAAAUUGCACAUGCAGCUGUUGAAAUUAAUAAAGAUUUU